UGGCAGCUCGGGCUUCCCCAAGGCUACUAAGCAUCCAGGUUUUUGCUCUAACAUAUCUGCUCUUCUGAAUAACCCUCUAUCCUGGUAGAAGCAUUUUUUUCCUGCAUUAUGCCUUCUCUUUCCAAUUCUGAUGAGUUGAUUUUUUUUGUGAAUGGAAGAAAGGUCAUAGAAAAGAAUGCUGAUCCUGAAGUAAAUCUACUCUUCUACUUGAGGAAAGUCCUCCACCUCACAGGCACAAAAUAUGGCUGUGGAGGAGGAGGCUGCGGUGCCUGCACUGUCAUGGUGUCAAGAUACAAUCCCAAGACCAAGAAGAUCCACCAUUAUCCAGUUACAGCCUGUCUAGUGCCCAUCUGCUCUCUGUAUGGAGCUGCUGUCACCACAGUAGAAGGAGUAGGAAGCAUCAAAACCAGGAUUCAUCCCGUGCAGGAGAGACUUGCCAAGUGUCACGGCACGCAGUGCGGCUUCUGCAGCCCAGGGAUGGUGAUGUCCAUCUACACGCUGCUGAGGAACCACCCGGAGCCCACCCCUGAGCAGAUAACUGAAUCUCUUGGAGGUAAUUUGUGCCGCUGUACUGGAUACCGACCAAUUGUAGAAAGUGGAAAAACUUUCUGUGUGGAAUCAGCUGUUUGUCAAAUGAAAGGAUCCGGAAAAUGUUGCAUGGAUCAAGAAGAGAGGUCGUUUUCGGAUAAACAGGAAAAGAUAUGUACCAAACUGUACAAUGAAGAUGAAUUCCAGCCCUUGGAUCCAACACAGGAACCUAUAUUCCCUCCUGAACUGAUAAGAAUGGCAGAAGAUCCAAACAAAAGAAGGCUAGUGUUCCAAGGGGAAAGAACCACCUGGAUCACCCCUGUGACCUUGAAUGACCUUCUGGAGCUGAAAACCAACUUCCCCAAAGCCCCCCUCAUCAUGGGGAACACUACAGUGGGACCCAGUGUUAAAUUCAGCAAUAAAUUCCAUCCAGUUUUUAUAUCUCCACUUGGGCUUCCAGACCUUUAUUUUGUGGACAGCACAGAUGAUGGGGUGACAAUAGGUGCAGGAUACAGCCUGGCCCAGUUGAAUGAUGCCUUACAAUUUAUUGUUUCUGAGCAACCAAAAGAGAAAACAAAGACCUACCGUGCUCUCCUGAAGCACCUGAGGACAUUGGCUGGAGCCCAGAUUAGGAAUAUGGCGACUUUAGGGGGACAUGUGGUGAGCAGGCCUAACUAUUCUGACCUAAAUCCCAUUCUAGCAGCAGGAAAUGCCAUCAUCAAUCUGAUAUCUAAAGAAGGAGAACGACAGAUUCCUUUAGAUGGCCAUUUCCUUGAGAGAUCACCUGAUGCCAGCCUUAAGCCCGAAGAGGUUGUGUUAUCUGUGUAUAUUCCCCACUCUCCUCAGUGGCACUUUGUGUCAGGACUCCGGAUGGCCCAACGUCAAGAGAAUGCCUCUGCCAUUGCCAAUGCCGGGAUGAGUGUGCAGUUUGAGGAAGGCACAGACAGGAUCAAGGCCCUUCAAAUGUUCUAUGGAAGUGUUGGCCCCACUGUUGUCUCUGCCAGCCAAGCCUGCCAGCAGCUUAUUGGGAGGCAAUGGGAUGACCAAAUGCUGAGUGAUGCCUGCCGGUUGGUGCUGGAUGAGAUUUACAUCCCACCAGCAGCUAAGGGUGGCAUGGUGGAAUAUAGGCGAACCCUCAUCAUCAGCUUACUCUUCAAAUUCUACCUCAGAGUGAGACAAGGACUGAAUAAAAUGGAUCCCCAGAAGUUUCCCAAUAUCCCAGAAAAGUUCCUGAGUGCUCUGGAAGACUUUCCCAUAGAAACACCCCAAGGAAUUCAGACGUUCCAGUGUGUGGAUCCCUCCCAACCCCCACAAGAUCCAGUCGGCCACCCAGUCAUGCACCAGUCAGCCAUUAAACACGCCACAGGGGAAGCUGUGUUUGUUGAUGACAUGCCCCCCAUCGCCCAAGAACUGUUCCUGGCUGUAGUCACCAGCACCAGAGCUCAUGCAAAGAUCAUAUCAAUCGAUACUUCAGAAGCCCUGGCACUUCCAGGUGUUGUUGAUGUGAUAACAGCAGAGGAUGUUCCAGGAGAUAAUAACCAUCAAGGAGAGAUUUUCUAUGCACAGAAUGAGGUAAUUUGCGUGGGUCAGAUUGUCUGCACCGUGGCUGCUGAUACCUAUGCUCAUGCAAAAGAGGCUGCUAAGAAAGUGAAGAUUGCGUAUGAAGACCUAGAGCCCAGGAUUAUCACAAUAGAGCAAGCCUUAGAGCACAAUUCAUUUCUUUCUGUUGAGAAAAAAAUUGAGCAAGGAAACGUAGAGCAAGCCUUUAAAUAUGUCGACCAAAUCAUUGAAGGUGAGGUCCAUGUGGAAGGACAGGAACAUUUUUACAUGGAAACGCAAACCAUCCUGGCUAUUCCCCAAGAAGAAGAUAAAGAAAUGGUGCUACACCUAGGAACACAGUUUCCAACCCAUGUGCAGGAAUAUGUAGCUGCAGCACUAAAUGUCCCAAGAAGCAGAAUCGCCUGUCACAUGAAAAGAGCUGGAGGAGCAUUUGGGGGGAAGGUGACCAAACCCGCUCUGCUAGGCGCUGUCUGUGCUGUGGCUGCCAACAAGACCGGCCGCCCAAUACGAUUUGUUCUGGAACGUGGUAAUGACAUGUUGAUAACUGCUGGCCGCCACCCACUUUUCGGAAAGUACAAAAUUGGAUUCAUGAACAAUGGUGUGAUCAAAGCUGCUGAUGUUGAAUAUUAUAUCAAUGGCGGAUGCACUCCUGAUGAGUCUGAGAUGGUGAUCGAGUUCAUUGUGCUGAAAUCUGAAAAUGCAUACAAUAUUCCUAAUUUCCGGUGCCGGGGCAGGGCUUGCAAAACGAAUUUGCCAUCCAACACUGCUUUUCGAGGAUUUGGCUUCCCCCAGGCCACAGUGGUAGUCGAAGCUUACAUAACUGCAGUGGCUUCUCAGUGUAACUUACCUCCUGAGCAGGUUAAAGAAAUAAACAUGUAUAAAAGAACUAGCGAAACAGCCUAUGGGCAGACAUUUAAUCCAGCACUCUUAAGAAGAUGCUGGAAAGAAUGUCUGGAGAAAUCUUCAUUCUCUGCUAGAAAACAGGCUGCAGAGGAAUUCAACAAAAACAAUUACUGGAAGAAGAGGGGGCUUGCUGUGGUCCCCAUGAAAUUUACCAUUGGGAUCCCCCUGACCUACUACAAUCAGGCUGCUGCUCUAGUCCACAUCUAUCUCGAUGGCUCUGUCUUGGUGAUUCAUGGUGGCUGUGAAAUAGGACAAGGUCUUCACACCAAAAUGAUCCAGGUGGCGAGUCGAGAACUGAACAUCCCCGAAUCGUAUAUACACCUGCCUGAGACGAGCACAAUCACGGUACCCAACGCUGUCUUCACGGCCGGGUCAAUGGGGACAGACAUCAACGGGAAGGCCGUGCAGAACGCCUGCCAAAUUCUCAUGGCCCGUCUUCAGCCAGUCAUCAGGAAAAACCCUAAGGGAACAUGGGAGGACUGGGUUGCAAAAGCCUUUGAGGAAUCCAUCAGUCUCUCAACUACCGGAUAUUUCAAAGGCUACCAAACAAAUAUGGACUGGGAGAAGGGGAAAGGGAACCCUUACCCGUAUUUUGUCUGUGGAGCAUCCUGUUCUGAGGUUGAAGUCGACUGUCUGACGGGGGCUCAUAAGCUCCUUAGGACUGACAUCUUUGUGGAUGCUGCUUUCAGCAUAAACCCAGCCCUGGAUAUUGGACAGGUUGAAGGAGCAUUUAUCCAAGGCAUGGGACUAUAUACCACAGAAGAACUGAAAUACUCCCCAGAAGGUGUGCUUUAUUCUCGGGGCCCAGAUGACUACAAAAUUCCCACCGUCACUGAAAUACCCAAAGAGUUUUAUGUCACUUUGGUGCGUUCUCAAAAUCCCAUAGCCAUCUACUCAUCCAAGGGGUUGGGUGAGGCUGCAAUGUUCUUGGGAUCCUCCGUGUUGUUCGCCAUAUACGAUGCAGUGACCGCUGCCCGCAGAGAGAGGGGGCUGACCAAGACCUUCACCCUGAGUAGCCCAGCAACCCCUGAGCUGAUUAGGAUGACUUGUGUGGACCAGUUUACUGACUUGAUUCCCAGAGAUGAUCCUUCAACAUUUACACCUUGGUCCAUCCAUGUGUCUUAAUCCUAUAUUUUCCUCAGAAAAUGAAAGAAUACAUGGUGGACCUUAAAAUUUUCAUAUUUGAGCAAAAUACAGGUUCGCUCCCAAAUGUCAAGGGUAAUUUUAGCAUCUUUUAAGUAUACUCUAUAGUUUAAGUCACUGCAUGAUUGUGUUUUAAGAUUCAUAUUUUCACCAAAAUGUAAAAUGAAACUUAGAAUCAAAUUCUUCUCUUCACUUUAUAUUGUCCUGAAGAUCUACAGCCUCAUAGUUUUAAACUAUGGUGGAGUUUUCAUUACCCUAGAACAACUCAAGAGAGACUGUUCAGACUUUGUUCUACAGAAAUCUGCUCACCACCAAAAUUGUCCACCCCAAAAACUCUGGAGAUUGGAUUCCCCAAAGCCAGUGGUGUGCCAGAAAUAACCAGCUACCCUGGAGAAAUCCACGAUUUAUAGUGUUUGCCAAUUUCCAUGGUGUAAAUACUCCCACAUUGGCCAACUCUCAGCCACUGACCUGAGGUCUCUGAAUGUAGAAUUGGAGAAGAUGCUCAAAAUCAGCUCACGAUCUCCAGCAGUGCAAGCCCACUAUCCUUGGAUUCCUGCCACUCCCUGCCACUUGUUUAGAUGAGGCUUAGAAAAGUAAACCAUCCUGGAGUUCCCGUCGUGGCGCAGUGGUUAACGAAUCCGACUAGGAACCAUGAGGUUGCGGGUUCGAUCCCUGCCCUUGCUCAGUG